UUAUUUCUUAGCAGAUGCCCUUAUCCAGGGCGACUUAGAAUUGUUACAAGAUAUCACAUUAUUUUUACAUACAAUUAUUUUAUUUUUUUUACCCACAUUAUUUUUUACAUACAAUUACCCAUUUAUACAGUCGGGUUCUUACUGGAGCAAUCUGGGUAAAGUACCUUGCUCAAGGGUACAGCAGCAGUGUCCCCCACCUGGGAUCGAACCAAAGAGUCCAGAGCCCUAACCACUACUCCACACUGCUGCCCGUUUGCACCUGAACGCUGGUUAGUCCUAGUUCUCUGGCAGACCAAAUGCGGCAUGUACUGAGUAAAUAUCUACAACGCCGCUUCUGUAUCUAGAAAAUAGUAGCAUCAUCACCGCAAGGUGGCUCCCUCGCAUACUUUGAUUGACCCAGAAACGCGUCUCCUUGGAAACUGACAGUUGUCGUGUCUUGUGAGAAGAGACUUGUCGUUGUGGUUUCUACGUCAAGUCUAACGUCAAAACAGCAAACAUGUUACUUAUUUAAAGAUUUGUUAACUUUUUAUUUUAUUUUUUUGUUUAUUUAAUUUUAGUGUAAAUGACGGUUGGUUCGCAGUGAUUAUUAUAUAAAGUUGUUUGAAUUCAGGUUUGCCAGUGUCCUUUUUACUUUCUUUUUUUUCGGACUUUCCUUGUUUCCUUUGUUUAUGAGCGGUACUUUUGAAAUUUGCAGUAAAAACAUAAAUAUAACUUAAGUGGUAUCGUAUUGAAAAUAGGUAAAUCCUGUUGGGUUAAGGUUAUGGUAGUGUUUUUGUUUGUGUUGCACAGUUUACGUUGCUAGAUGGUUUGAUGUUUUGGAAUGGCAGUUCCUUCUAUACAUAAAUGUUUGCAGCUCUGUGAUGAAAACGAGCACUUACAAAGGAAACUAAAAAGGCUUCGACAAAAAAAUGAGAUUCUUGGGACUCAGCUAUCAGAAAUCACAGCGAAACUGCAACUGCAACAACUGAUUCGGGAAUAUGUCACUACCAGAGACGUUCAGGUGCAAACCGAAGCCCGUCCUUGGCACAGAGGAGGAUUAAAAGAAGACAAAACAAAGCAAGACACUAACCAACUUUUACAAAUGUAUAAUGCAUUGCAGAAGCGAUAUGAAAAAGAAAUCAAAACCAACAAGGAACAGAGCAAUGCAAUUGUCAACCUUCAUGGAAAAGUUCAGAGACUUGAGAGUCAGCUGCAAGCGGCUCACAAAACUAUUCAGCAGCUGGAACAGAUACCAGUAAAGUGGAUAUCCACCAGUACAGGGAGGAGAAGUACACCCACCCCAGAGAAAUCCUCAGCUCAUAGACACAAAACCAGAAGUAAGAAAUGCACUUCUGUGAACUGCCACUGUCCAGAUCUGUUGUUGGAAAUUGAAAAAUUGCACAAGGAAAAAGAGAAACUGUCAAAAGAAAGAAAGAUGCUGAAAGAUGAAUUAGCAGGGCUGGAUAAGGAUUUUUUUGAUGAGAUUGAAGAUUUGAAGUAUGCCUUGCAAGAAUCAUCUAAACUUAACAAAGCAUAUGACAAUUGUCUGAAACAAAUCUGUGUAAAAUAUGGACUCUCUUUUCCAGAUGCUUUACCAACUUAUUGCAGAAAUAUGUAAAAGAAAAUAUAUUCUUUGUUCAUGUCAGACUUUGCAGAUUUUGUAUUUUAUUGGUUCAAAUAAAUUAGUUAUAGCUAGUGCUAGCUGAGAUUUGUGUAAAUAUAAUAAUUUCAUAUUUAAAUGUUACUACAAUUACUACAAUGUAGUUUUACAAAUGAUAAAAAAUUACAGUUAGUUAAACUUUUUAACUGGUGCAUUGUCAUUUGAACAGCACAACUGAAUAAAUCUAAGAAUAAUGUGUAUUAAACAGUCAUGUAGCACAGCUGUUUUUUUUUUAACCUGUGUGGGGUGGUCUAGACUCUAGACAAAUAAUGUUAGUAUAAUUUUAAAAGAUUGUUUCAGCGGCUUUUUAACUAAAUGAAUUGACGUCCACUUAAGCUGGUGAUUUAACUGUAUAUUGUUCUAUUUUCUAUAUAGGACUGGCUUUGUAUUUCACCUGGACUGAAACAUGUUAUUUUGUGUUUUGUUUUGCAUUCUUGCCUGCUCACUUGUAAUCUAAUUAGUGUCAGGUUCCAUAGUCUGAUACUAACAGGAUUAAUACCCAAUCUCUCUUUAACAGUUCUAGAAUGAAUCUUAAUGACCCUUAAGCUUCUAAAUACUUUUUUAGGGUGCAUUUAUCAAUACACAGUUUAGUUUAAAAUAUGUUUGUUUUACUUUUGUGGGUUUUUUUUUGUUUUUGUUUUUUUAUAUAUGCAUAAUUGUGGGAAAGGCUAAUAAUCUGCUCUGAUUUAUUUAUUUGAUCCAUUUUUUAUAUUUGACUCCAGAAAACCUUCACCUGAAACAAUGAAAUGUUAGAACUACUGUACAUUUCAAGGGAUAGCUUGAUUUUACUGGAACAUUUUAAAGCACUAGGUAAUCACCCUGGGUUCCAUCAACCACCUAUCCAUCGUUAUUCUAGGGAUGCCCCUAAAAUUAGGCUGUUGAUACAAUAUGUACAGUUUUUGUUAAUCCUGGCAGGAUUUUUCAAAUUGCCCCCUUAUUCAAACAAUUGUAUUUCUGUAAUUUAAAACCACAUGUCAAGUGUUAAAUAAACUCUAAAGUAUUGACAACUUGA